GCAAGCUGGUGGUGGGGGUUUAGUGGUCACGGUGUAUUCGCAAAUACUUGGUGACGGUGGUGCGCAACGAGGGUGCGAAAAAAAGCGGUGUCGCGAGAACGUGAUUUCGGACGGACCUCCUGGUGAACACGUGGCUCAUAUGUCCUUGGCAGCUGGCGGAUUCGCGGGUCGUUCGAUGGCCAGCCGGCGUCGCGGUGCGUUCGGCCGCGGUGCAUCGUCUCGCAAUUACGCAAUAACGGCGAGCCACGAUGUGGGACACUGCGUGUGAGGGUUCUUGUGCCUCCGUUCGAACGAGAGCUACCACCUUCGGCGAUUGCUCGUGAAUGAACUUGUUACCAGCAUGAGCGUUUGGCCGCGAAGGAGGUUUCGCAUCACACCGCUCCGAGCGUUUGCGGCGUUCGUACUGAUGGUAGUGCUGUUCUGGUACAGCCUCAGUCGGCAUGAAGAGCCCAAACAGCCGUGCAGCGUGCCCGAGGAGUACACCGAGAAGCUCCACGAUCUUGCUUACAGGGCUCACCUGGUGCUGGCCAAGCUGGAAAUCGUGCACUUUCUGUGCCUUGGCGGGCUUUGGGGUCAAGUUCGGAUCGGCCGGGCUUUACCAUGGGCGAGGAAGGUCGAGCUAUGCCUGGUGGACACGCUACGCGACGAUGUCCUGAUCACGAAAGCGUUCCGCGAAGUUGGACUUAGCGCCACGUACAUGCACGCCGCCGGUGUUUACCGUAUACAGGAGAACGAGGCUGCCGAGGAUGCUCCUAAGGUGGAGGUAGUUGUCUUCGAGGAGGACGCGGUUACGCAAAUGGUGAGGCGAGUGGGCUGGACAAGGAGGGUGCUGCCACCGGACUGCGAGUUCUCGCCGAGCCUGCAAUGCUUCCCGCCGCAGCUCGUCAUACCUCCCUUACCGGCGAAACAGUUCGGCGGCCGAUUAAUGCCCGUACCAAGGGAGGGUAUCGAGCUGCAGAAAUAUCAUUACCCGUACGACUGGUGGCUCGAGCUGAAGCCGACGGAAUGCGCCGAGACGCAAGAAACGAGCGCGUAGUACUUGAUCUCGUUGUAGCAAGGAUUCGCGGUGGAUGAUUAAUUAUGGUCGCUCGGCCGCCGCCGCCGAACGGCGUCGUCUCCUAGAACGGGUCGCGUGCGUCUCUCCGCUGCGAAAUCGCGUUCCCAGAAGCUGCUUCCAUCGUCGAGGCUCCGCGUUGUUGCGCGCGAGCCGAACGAAUUUCUUUCUUUCUUUUUUAAACAACGGAUAUUUGCACGAUACGAAGAACACCCUUCGAUAAAUUCAUUUCGUACCGUUCGACACCGUUCGGAUAAUAGGGAGCCGCGGGGAUGCCCGCCGGAAAGUUCAUUGCACCGAUCGAGCGACGGAUGACGGACGAAUCGGUGUUUUGCUUCGGCGAACUAGGAGACGAGAACGUGACAAAUCAUCAUCGGUGAAAGUUCGGAUUUCCAUUUUUAGAAGCUUUCGAAACGUUUCGGUUCUUCCAGUGAUUAUAACAGGUUAUAUAGUCAGUGUUAUUACGUGUGUCAAUCACGGGUUUUGAUAAUAUAGAUGGUCUUUCAGACGAACGUAAGUCGCUUUAAUGAAAGUACGAUAGGAUAUACUGUACGAGGUGUCACUGUCUUCGGAGACCGGAGGCCGGUCUUCCGGCGCCAUUACUUUCGGCAUCGGCGUCGCCAAACGCACGGACGCCAUCGCUGAUUUCUGAAAUAGUUUUCUUGUUUCGUUACUUACGCGGAUGAAUUUUUAAGCGAUAAUCUACGAUCAAACGAGAACGAAUUUACGGCGAACGUGUUCUUCUUUUCACGUUAGAAUCGCGUUGUUCGCGUGUUUUGAAAUACGCGGCGACCGAGGGAGAUCGUUAUCUCUCCUACGCUUUCAUUUCAUGGAAACUAGACGAGCGAAUGGUCACACGUGGGUAUCUGAUGGUCCCCAUUUCGAACUAUAGAAACCGAAAACAGUCUUCCUUUCGUACGAUUCAUCGUGAUAUUACGUUGAUCGCGUGUUCACAAUUAUUAGUAAUUAAAUGUCAGUCCUGUGCUCCUUUGAGAUCGUCGAAGAAUUUCAGAUUUUUAUGUAUUUUGUAUACGCGUUCGAUUCGUCGGGUACCAUAGCUUUGACUAUUUUGUUUACGGAUAAUUAAGUUACGGGAAUUGCGAUGUAGAAUAGUCGCGAGCUUCUCGAUCACAAAUUAAUACGAUAAUAUAAAGUCACAAAAUAUUGUUCAGCGAACGAAUAUUUUAAUAUAAGAACGAGUAUUUUUUUUAGUGAUAUUUUAGAAUCUUUUCACUGAUAAAAAUGCGAAAUAGUAUCGUUGAUAUAGUAAAUCAGAUUUUGUUAAUGUAAUUCAGAUCUGUUAUCCAUUUGAAUCCAUUAAUUCCGAGGAAUAAAUUUAACGACAGUUUUUGGUUGUUAUUGUUGUUAGAAUAUUCUUUAAUUUUUUA